GACCAUGCUGCUCAUGAACCAGGUGAUCAACAACAAUGGCGUCUAACCUAAGCCCAGCAUUUGCCUACACAGUCGUAUACGUGAAGGACGUGGCCAAGUCGGUGGCAUUCUACGCCAAAGCCUUCGGCCACAGUGUUCGUCGUUUAGACGAAUCUCACAGGUGGGGAGAGCUAGAGAGCGGACAGACCACCAUAGCGUUUACACCGCUGCACCAGCACGAGACCGAUGACCUAACCGGUGCUGUGCAGACCGCCAGGUCCAGUGGCCAGAGACAGCCGGUUGAGGUUUGCUUUGCCUACCCAGAUGUCGAUGCUGCCUACAAGAGGGCGGUGGAGAAUGGUGCGAUGCCGGUGAGCGAGCCGGAGACAAAAGAAUGGGGCCAGAAAGUUGGUUAUGUGCGUGAUAUGGACGGGAUCGUGGUGAGGAUGGGGAGCUACGUGAACCCACCCAAACAAGACUGAGUUUAAUUUUGGGGAGGGAUUGAUCUUUUUUGUGGGAUCAAAUGCAUGUAAUUUCGUGUUUCUUCAUAUGUUGUCAUGCAUGUUUCGAUAUAUUUCAUGUCUUAUGUUAUAAUACGUGCUGUUUUCUAUA